AUGUCUACCGUGAACACGCAGGACGCAAAUGCGAAUGGCCCCACUUCUCCAAGCUAUGCGGCGUCCCCGCUCUCACCGACGCCCAAAGGUGCCUCCAUCGAGCAGUCUGUAAAGCUGUUCCGCGUCUUCGAGUCGCUUCGCAACGGCGACACCGCUGCGAUAUCCAAGGCCAUCAGGGAACAGGCCAACAACACUGCAGACAGCGACCAGAGCAGCACCUCGCUGACUCUUCCUAGCCGCACCGAGGGCACUACUAUACUGCACCUGGCCAUACAAUGCGCAGAGGUGCCUGUCAUUGAAUUUGUGCUGUCGAAUGCGACGCCUGGGCCUGACUCGGUCAUCGAUAUCAACGGCCGUGACCGCGAUGGCAACACAGCUCUGCACCUCGCAGCCACCCUCGGCCGCGCUCCUGUUGUGCGCAUGCUGCUUGACAAGCCUGGUAUCAAUGAUUCUAUAACGAACUACAACGGACAGACCCCGCUGGACCUCGCCCGUACGCCCGAGAUAUUCCAGCAGUUGCAGCUGGCUCGAUCCAUAUUCAUCGACACGAACGUAAAGAAGGUACAACAACUGCUGGCUGACGGUGACAUGGCGUCUCUGGAGAAGUUGCUUCAGGAUGCGCGGAUAAAAAGCACACUUGACGUGAACGGCGGGGAGCUGGUGACUGACCCCGUUGUUGUGGAAGCCGGAGGUACUCUUCUGCACGAGGCCGCGAAGAAGAAAGAUGUGAAACUGGCACAGCUGCUCCUUCUCAAUGGAGCUGACCCUUUUCGGCGAGAUCGCAAGGGCAAGCUCCCUCAGGACUACACCAAAGAUGACCGGACUCGUGCGAUCCUGAAGCGCUCACCUGCUGCCGCUGCCGCGCAAAGGGGAAUACAAGAGAAGACGAUCCUUGCGGGAGCAGGUCCGCAAGCCGGAGCCGCUCCCGAAAGUGGCAUGGGUGCGAAGGAGUCGCGUGAGAUGAAGGGCUACCUCAAGAAGUGGACCAACUACACUAGCGGGUACAAGCUGCGAUGGUUUGUUCUAGAAGAUGGUGUGCUGAGCUACUACAAACACCAAGACGACACGGGCACUGCAUGCCGUGGCGCCAUCAACAUGCGCAUAGCGAAGCUUUACAUGGACCCGCAGGAUAAGCAACGUUUUGAAAUACAGGGCAAAUCGUCCGUCAAGUAUCAUCUCAAGGCCAACCAUCAGGUCGAGGCCAAAAGGUGGUACUGGGCGCUGAACAACGCCAUCCAAUGGUCCAAGGAUGAAGCACGGGAAGAAGUAAAGCGCACCCAGCAUGACCAGGAGGCGUUGGCACAAGCCAAAGUAGAGGCACUUGACAAGCGACUGACCAAGGAAGGUGACAGCGGAAGCGUUGCUAGCUCCAAGGUCACAGGCUCGCGGUUUCUGGCUCCUACGACGUCGCUUGGGGUGCCGUUGACCAGCCAGGAAACGGCGUCGCGUUCAGGCCAGAGUGUGAUUGACGAUGGGCCAGACAGUACCUACGACCCUAGCGUAGCUGGCAACGAGCUCGGGAAGAUGGUCAGUCAUGUCGGCACGGCCACUGUGGAGGGUGACGCCGACGAUGAUGAAGAUUAUGGCGAUGACACGAGCAGUCACGAAGUAAGACCCCAAAGCAAGGAUGCUUUCAAUAUCACCGCACAGUCCGCGAAGCUCCAGCUUGACCUUCUUGAACAUGUGUCCACCGCGCUGCAACAGGAAAAGACGAAAAACCCGACAUUGCAAAUUUCAGAUCCGAUGAUGCUGCAAGCGCUUUCCUCGUAUGAGUCAGCGGUGGGCAAUCUGAAAGGACUGAUUGGGGACUUAUUGCGCAUAUCGCGAGAUCGUGAUGCUUACUGGCAAUAUCGACUAGAUAGGGAAGCUAACGUGCGCCGGAUGUGGGAAGAGAGCAUGGCUAAGGUUGCCCGCGAACAGGAAGAGCUUGAAAACCGGAUAGGGGAAGCGGAAACCAAACGGCGAAAGACGAAGCGAGCUCUACGAGAGGCUUUGGAGGAUUACCAGGUCGGUGGCGCGAGAAGUUUAUCCAAGGGCUCAGACGAUUUUGUCGAAGCCGAAGAGGACCAAGCGCCGUUGAAGUCGCAGCCUAGCUCGCAAGCGUUGCGGAGAAAGGCCACCCUUGCUAACAUCGCUGCGGACAUGUCUGGAUCCGACUCGGAGGACGAUGAGGAAUUCUUCGAUGCUGUCGGUGCCGGUGAAGUCGAGGUCGUCGAGAUGCCCGUCGCAACGCCAGAUGCUGAUUCAAAGGAGGCGCCCCUUGCUUCUAGUGGUGAUUUAUUUGAAAGCAAGCAUGCAGAUGUUGCGAAAGGCUUCGUGGGAUAUGAAGGUGGUGUGCGGAAGAAGCUGGCCAUGGACGAUGAUAACAGACCGAAGAUCUCGCUUUGGGGCAUUCUCAAGUCCAUGAUCGGAAAAGAUAUGACAAAGAUGACGCUUCCGGUCUCUUUCAACGAGCCAACGUCUCUCCUUCAGCGUGUUGCGGAAGACAUGGAGUACACCGAUCUCAUUGACAUUGCCGCCGAACGUGCCGACUCUACUGAACGCCUACUUUACGUAGCUGCAUUUGCUGCUUCGGAAUACGCCUCAACCAUUGGACGGGUGGCAAAGCCGUUCAACCCUCUUCUUGGUGAGACUUACGAGUACGCUAGACCUGACAAAGGCUAUCGUUUUUUCAUUGAGCAAGUCAGCCAUCAUCCACCUGUUGGUGCUGCUUAUGCAGAGUCAAGGAAGUGGGAUUACUAUGGCGAGUCCGCAGUCAAGUCCAAGUUCUACGGCCGAUCCUUCGACAUCAACCCGCUCGGAACCUGGUUCCUGCGUCUCCGACCCACAGCAACCGGCGGCAAAGAGGAACUCUACACCUGGAAAAAGGUCACGUCCUCCGUCAUCGGCAUCAUCACUGGCAAUCCCACCGUUGACAAUUACGGCCUCAUGGAGAUCAAGAACCACACCAGCGGCGAAGUCUGCCAGCUCGACUUCAAACCCCGCGGCUGGAAAGCCUCGUCCGCCUACCAAGUCAUCGGGAAAGUGCUUGAUGCAGAGGGUAGAGUAAGAUGGAGCGUAGGCGGCCGCUGGAACGACAAGAUUUAUGCACGCUUCACGCCUGGGUUUGAAGACGCCGAUAUUGACAAGGGCGGGAGCAAACAUGCCAAGCACGACGAUAAUAAGGCGUUCCUCGUGUGGCAGGCGCACACACGUCCCACAGGCAUCCCAUUCAACCUCACUCCCUUCGUCGUUACCCUCAACGCCGUCGACGAGCACCUGCGCCCCGUCGUCGCGCCGACAGACACCCGUCUCCGGCCCGAUCAGCGCGCCAUGGAAGAUGGCGAGUACGACCUCGCUGCUACGGAGAAGAACCGCGUCGAAGAAAAGCAGCGCGCGACGCGGAGAAAGCGGGAGGCGCACGGUGAGGAGUUUGUGCCUAAGUGGUUCUCCAAGGGGAGAUGCGACAUCACGGGUGAAGAGUACUGGGAAUUCAACCACAAUUAUUGGAAUGUGAGGCAUGAUGUUUCGCAGAAGAAGACGCAGUGGGAGGAGCAUGGACUGGAGGAUAUUUUCUGA